ACGGCGUUCGCGUGGGAAGAUAGAGCGCGUCCGCGGUGGCACUCGACUUGAGUUGAUAGCGUGAGCAACUCCCAGUCAGAAGCUCCUCGCGAAGACGCCCCUGGCCGGUCCUGUUCUACUUCCGAGCCCAGAGUUCUCCAGUCCCAGGGGCACUGCCAGAAGAGCUAAGCGGAUCGGCGCCCCUACAUUCUUUUCAUCUUCCAUGCGUUGAGUUCCAUCUUGACCCGAUGCUUUGUGAGAUGGCGUAUGUUUUUUGCUCGUCGGCUGCCGCUGAUUUUGGGUUAAAAGCACCAUUGGAUACCAGGGCCGCUGCGAUGUCCACCUCAGCCUCCGCCACGCACAUAGAUUCUUCAACACAUCGGCCGUCAAGUCCCGCAGAGAGCCUUGCGGCAGCGGGUGAAGGAUCCCCACAGAGCUGCCGUUAGCAUCAUCGACGACGUUGACGACCCGAAUGCCUGCCGAUUCUCCUCCAAGUAUUCCUAGGCACCGACUGUAGAUAGCAGACGAUGAGGGCUCAAGAGCCGAAGGAUACACACCAACAUCCUCUUCGCCGCCUAAAAAUGGCCUAGAUUCCCGCCCCGUUCGUCCGUUCGUCCGAAAAGCGGCUGCGGGCAGUGCCCACACAACCGGUGUGCAGAUACCGGAUCCGAAAGAUGGCGGCUCUGGAUGAGAGCUCGUCCGUGCGUCAUGGAAGAGCCGGGACCGCGCACGCGGUCGGGGAUGCGGUGAAUGUACCAUGGAUUUGAAUGCCGGUCGUCAUCCAUGAGAGAGCGAACCAUCGGUAGAAGCGGGCUGCGGAAUCAAAGCGCGAAAGAGCGAGUGCGAUGGGAGAGGAUAUUUCUGAGUCAUCCGACUGACCUGUAUCGCAAGGAAGCACAUUGGAGACCCGAUAUAGCAACCGAGACUCGGAUCGGUCGUGGCCCGGGGAAGCAGUCUAGGGAUUGAUACUGGUGGGGAAUUCUAACUAGAUUCGGAGUUCAAAACCGUUGAUCGCACGCCAGACUUCGACGUCCGGCAUCUCUCAUCAAGAUUGAUCACUUUCCCGCGGCCAACUGUCACUUUUCGAAAUCCGAGUGGACUGUUGCGGACUGCAGCGACAUCCCGGCCAUCAAAUUCCGCUCCAAAAAUAGGUGGCUGUGGUGUGGUAGCCACCUCCUUCGACCAGAUCCAUUUCACUCAGUACACAAUCAAUGUUGGAGGCGUGAUGGCUACCCAGGCAGAACGAACAUUAGGGUCGUUUCGAUUUCUAACCUAAUUCGUGUUGUACCACCGGCGAGCGAGAUACCCGAUUCCCACGUCUCGUCGGGCCUAUUGACGCCGGGUUGGAUACCGAAGUGUGCGGCAUUACACUGCAUACAUACUAAAGACGUGGGCUGCGGCUACCCUAGUCAUCUCCAACUUUUCUCUCCCGAUCUUUCCAUGGCUGCCCCUAGUCCACCGCUCACGCUAGAAUUUGCGACCAACAGCGUGCGGAACACCACCCUCUCGUCCGGGUCCGACGAUCCGUACUACGAGAUCGUCACCCGCUUCUGGCACCCGAAGAUCACCAAGAUACGCCGCCUCGACCAGGGCACGCGGCUGAUGUCGACCGUCUGCGAGAUCGACGCGGGCCCGCACGGGCGGGCGGCUAAGGUUCGAUUCGCCGAGCCCUCCCCGCUGGCGCUGCACGACAAGGAGCUGAACUGGGGCGAGUGGGUCGACUCGGAGGCGCUCAUCAAGAUGGCCGAGGGCAAACAAGGCGGGAUCUUCGUGGACACGGACGGCACGGAAUACCGCUGGAAGACGCAGAAACGCAGGUUCCAGCUUGUGCGAGUCGGCGACGAGACGCAGAAUCCCGUCGUCACGUUCCACGGCCACAAGCGCCCGCUUGGCGUGUGGUGGAUGAUGUCUGAACACUCUAAAUUGGAAAUACGCCCGCCGAUCCAGGAUCUCGAGAAGUUGAUCGUCACAUUCUUGUUGGUGGAGCGUAAGCGUCGGCAUAGCCACUUUUAAUCUCUCGAGUGCUGUCCACUCUUAGACGAGACAUGCGUUCGGGUGGACUUUGAACCGAGCCGACCGCAUUGAUUACAUUCCCGGCACCGCGGCAACAGCUCGUCCCGGAGGUUCGAGAUCUUCAUGUCAGUAGUUAGUUAUCAUCCAUAUGGUUGAGGUCAAUCUUAUCUGUGAGCGCAUGAAAAAACUUUCUCGUGUAACUCUACGCUGUGUCACCACCCUCUACUGCUUUGGAUCUCUUUUCACCAGUACAGAUGAUCUGGAGGAGGUGGUCCUUUU